AUGUUGAAGGUGGUUCCCAGUGAGCUGCAGUUUGGGGCGCUUGUUGUGAACGAUGCUCCCGUGUACUGCCGCUUCCGCGUCGUGAAUACUGACCCGUUGGUUGCCCUGUCAGUGCAACUCACCGCGACGACGGUGCCGGCCGCCAUUCGAUUUAAACUGUGGGACGACAUGUUGCUGCUCGGCGACACCGAAGUGGAGGGCGGCGGCGGCGGCGAUGCUCAGAAGGAUCACUCCAUGCGGGGGACGCUGUCACCCUUCUACAACACCGUCUUCGACGGCGUGAACGCCAUUGACCGGCUGCUGCUACCUCCGCUGGAGGCGAAGGAGUUAGUGGCCAUCUUCCACGCGGAUCCAGGGGAGUUUGGCAACAUCAUGGUGCAGGCCUCACCCACGAUGGUUAGCGGGGCGAUUCAGUUGUUGGCGGCCUCACUGCCAGUGGUGUCCUCGUCCAUGGACGCGGGCACUAGUAAGGGGAACUCCAACAAUAAGAGUCUUAGCAGCAACAACAACUUCCUGACCCUUACCUCCUCCCUGCAUCUAAUGCGUGAGAAGGACUGUCAGCACACGCAGCAGCAAAAAUGUGGUCAUGCAGCUGCCCCCGCAGGCGGCAGCGACAACAGGAAGGAGAGCGGUGCGAGUGUGCAGGGCGAUAACUUGCCGCGGCGUCCGCCGCUGCACUCGUCGGGGUCUCUUUCACUGGCGGCGGUGCGCUCCGAGACAGUCACGCUGCCGUUUAGCGCAAGCAUCUUUCUCUCGCUGCUCACGGUGUCGCGGUCGGAGCUGCAGACCACCAUGGCGCCGAGCAAGACCCACCUGAUGGACUUCACUGUUACCAACGCCUCCGCCCUGCCGCUGCCCUUCGUGAUCCGUUCGCAGACGAUGCCGCAGAAAAACGUGGAGUUUUCCCUGUACGAGGAGGACAAGUUUGAGGAGCCAAAGAUCGGCCGCACACUGCUACUCGACAGACACGCCUCUAUGAACUUUACACUGAUGGUGCGCACCACCGCCGGUGCACUCUCCGGCGGCGCCACCGGCAUGCAGCACUACCGUGUAGUGCUGCAGUGCGACAACCUCCGCGACGCCCGCAACUCGGAGCUGGUGUACGUGCACAUCAACGUGGUCGCGGCGGAGUCGCAGACGGACCUCGUGAGCGUCAGGAACCCGGUACUGGACUUCGGCGAGGUCUAUCGUGGCACGCGGGUCAUCCGGGAGCUGAGUGUCUGCAACACCACUCGUGAGGAUGUGACGUUGCGCCUUCUUAACCCCCGCCCUCACCACUGCGAGGGGGCACUAAGCCUCGUGCGACCAGGUCGCGGCAUCGACGGCGGCGGCAGCGGCGGCGACGGCGGCGACGGCAAGAGCAGUACUGGUAGGGCCGUUCCCAGCCCCAGCGCGAACCCCGACAGCAACAACAACAGCAGCAAUAAGAACGAGACAGGCACCGACGACGGGGGCGACAAAAGUGAGGCAAUCAUCGCCGUGGACGAGGUGGUGAUAGCACCGCAGAAAGGAAGUGUGCCGGUGGGGGUUAUGUAUGUCCCUUCCACUGACCAGGAACACAGGGCGACCUCGAGCCUAAAGUUUGAGUUUGAGUUUGUGGUCACAGGCGUGGGAAGUGAAACAACCGACGGUAACAGGCGGCAGCAGCGGGUGAUGAUACGGUGCGUGGCAACCCUCUUCACGAGCACCAUCGUCGCCUCCCAAACGAAUAUUAACUUUGGCGACUGCCAGGUGGGACAAAGCCGGCGCUACACCUUCGCUAUAGAAAACCCCUCGCCGUUGCCCACAACGAUCUACGUGGAGCUGCGCAGCAAGGUUGUCUCCAUUGAAGGGGUUCAGCCACGCGUGUCGGCGACAGGAGGGCGGGAAACGCUGGAGGAGUUUUCCAUUGCCCCACACAGCAGUCUACCCAUCACACUCCGCAUCAACCCCCAACGCGUGAAUCCCACCUACCGCAAACAGCUCACCAUCGCGAACGUAUCCAACCCCGCCGAGGAUCGUCUGAUUGUGAACAUUGAGGCCAAUAACAUGGCACCCUCUGAGGCAAAACUGCACGAUGAGCUGUACACGUGUGAAUCGAAGGCACACUGCGACGAUGGGAACGUCAACGCUGGAGGGCGCGGUCACGAUGGCAUGGGUGUGUCUUGGCUGCGAACCCUCGCAAAUGUCCCACUUAUCGUGGCCUACGUCCUGCAGUCCAAGGUGGACUAUCCCCUUGUGCUGCAGCUGAACAGCUCAAGGAGCACGAUUGACACCUUCUCCGUGGAGGGCAUGCCGGCUAGUGAGUUUGAGGCGAUGACGGUGGAGCUGCGAGACUACUGCUGCUACGUCGGGGAGGAGGUGGGAGAGGUGCUCUCGGUGGAGCGGGCAGAGAAGGUGCGGAACAGCGUCGUCAAUGCCCUGUGCCAGCACGCUGUGACGAUAAAAAGCAUCACGCUCGAGCCUCGCGGGAGUAGCACGUUUUAUGUGCGUAUCGAUCGCACGAGCGGGGGCGUGGAUGGGAUGACGAAGGAGGAUGGGAUCAGCAUUGUGGUGGAGGGGAUUGAGGUGCCGCGGUUUGUGCGCCUUUCUUACCAUCUCUGCAGCACGCGAUUUGUGCUGGAGGGGCAGAAGACGAAGAACUUUGGCGAGGUGAACAUUGGUGAACGCAAGACAACCAAGCUUCCCAUCGUAAAUCAGUGCAAUGCCCCGCUGCUGUUGAAGCUGUCCAAAUCGCGCUCGGUCACGGCAGGGCACAUUCGCAUGGAGAACUCGGACAAGACGUGCAUCUACUGCCGCAUCCGCCCAUACGCCACGAAGGAGGUGGAGCUCUGCUUCUACCCGGGCAUCAAGGGCGGCUUUGAGGAGCGUAUCCGCAUUACCAACGUCCUCGACCCGUCGAAUGAGGUGACCGUGACGCUGAAGGCGAGCGUCACAAAGGCGGAGACGUUUGACGUCAGUCCCAGCUCGUGGAGCUUCGGGGUCGUGCCGGUGCCGCUGCAGCUGCCGGCCCUGCAGCCGGUGCCUGCGACCGGUGGAAAUGGCAGUGGCGGGGCACCAGUGGGUUGUGACGACGCGGGGCCGCCCUCCGUGCGUGUAGGCGCCCGCUUCAGCGUGGUCAACACUAGCAACACCCGACGGGAGCUCUGCUUGAGGCUUCACUCCCCCCCGUUGACUCCAUCGGUGUGCGGCAGCCUCCGCCGUGGCAACGCCAACAAUACUGCCGUCGCAGACGCCACCACGAACUUGGGGGACCGUUUUUUAAAAUUUGAUGGCGUUGAGGUGCGGCUGCAGCUGGAGAUGGAGCACGGUGGCGCAAGUUCCGGCUCCUCCCGCAAGCUUGAGGAGAAGAUUGAAAAACUUGAGCAGAAGCUGAAGAUCUACCGUCGCAAGAAGAAGACGGAAAAGGUGGCAGCGGCAAUGCGGCAAAUCAAGGCGCUGCGCUGCGCCCUCAUGGGGAAGGAGUUUGACGUGAGCCCAACGGCGACAUUUACGGAGGAGGAAACCGCUGCUUCUUCGGCCGUGGAUGGUGGUGGUGGUGGUGGUGGUGGUGGUGGUGGUGGUGGGGACCAGAAGCAGCAGGAAGGGUGGCACUCCAAUGUGCCGUCGGAGUGCGAGGAGGAAAAGCUGCCGGCGAAGCCACCGGCACGCCAGCUGCAGCACCCGGAGUUGCUGUCGCUGCUGCUCUGCGACGGCGUGGCGUUACCAGAGAUGAAUGCGGGAGAGUCAACCAUCCUCGUGCUCACCCUCACGUGUGCGCGGACGACGAAGUGGAUUCCGCCUGCACAGAGCGGCACCAUUAUGUUUCUUCUUUGCGAGACAAAAGACAAGGAGGCCAAUCGUGUCAUUCCAGUCGACAUCACACUUGUACCCACGGAGGGUGAGGGCGAGACUGAGGCUGAGGGGGCGGGGGACACCGCUAAUCAACCCAUGACAGCGGCAACCGUAUUGGCGGUUUCAUUGAAUACACUAGAGGGAACUCCUGCAGGAAAGUCGUUCCCGAUUUCUUGCAAGGAUACAAUCAUCUUACCACCGGCUGCAGAGUUGAGAAAUGCGUCUUUUCCCGCACACACUGCCCCGGUAACACCACCGGCGUCGUUCAUCUCCAUUGAACCCGGUGAGGGAGUCGUGGCCACCACGUUUAUGCGCUGCCCCAUGGCGUUUGUGAUGCACUCCGUUGCGUACGAGACAUGCAAGUUUACCGUUCUGAUACGGGCAACAUAUGGCACCUCGUUUGUUGUGCUGGACCCGCUCCGUUGCUGUGGCAACAGCCUCCACAGCGGCAUGAUUCUUGGCGCAUCCACCACGCUGCGUGGUGGGACGGCUGGGAAUGGUAGUAAUAAUAAUAAUAUUAGUGCUGAUGGUGGUGUGAUGAAUACGAAUAAUGCCCCUGCUGGAGCUGGCGGCGGCGGUGGGGUGGCAUCGUCCACAGCGUUGAUGCCAGCAAAGACAUUAGAUGCGCAUUUCAAGUUUGUCCCACGCAACGGGGCGCUGCGGGCGUCAGAGUCCUUUUGCAUCACGGUGGAGUGCACCCCAAUGAGCGUCGUUCCGCAGCGCUACUUCAUCCCCGUCAAGAACCUGCAACACCCCUCCGAUGUCAAGUACCUUACGGUGGAGUUGAAUCCGACCGUGGAGGAGGAUCUUCUGCAGGUGUUACCCAAGGAAAUUAGGCUACGGGAUAUUGUGAUGCCGUGCGAGGAGAGCCGACUUGAGGUGCAGUCUUUUGUUGUGCGCACGCGCCUCACGAUGCCGCACGCGCUGCUUAUUCGCUCCAACCGCCCACUACUUGUGUCACUUUUUGAGGACGCGAAGUGCACCAUCCCUCUUGUGAGCCCUGUUCAGCGGGUGUUUUCGCACGAGAAGCUUCGCAUUUACGUCCGAUUCCGGCCGAGUGAACGUGCAUGGCGGCACAAAAGUCGACUGGUGACAACCGGUAUUCUUAUUGAAGCUCUGGCGGCUGAGAUGGGCAGUGAAAGACAUAGUAGCUACAGUAUUUUGGCGCAGACGAGCUUGCGCCUCACGGCACACGUGGGGAGCGGGGAGGUGGUACUGAAGGAGUCCUCCAUUGACCUCGGUUCUGUUUUGCCGCACUGCCGCCUCGCACAGACAAGUUUCACUGUGAAGAACCCAUCGGACCGUUUCGAGGUGCGACUGCGAGUGAUGCCGAGUCUGACGGUCACGCAGGUGGAGACACCGGAGCUGAAGCUCCCCCCCGGGGCCGAGGUGGAGGUGCCUGUCUCUUUGGAACUUGCCGCCCCCGGGCUUUUGCGGGAGUCACUGACGGUGUUUAACCUGAGUUGUCGGCAGAAGCCGCAGCAGGUGGGGCUCUCUAUACUGCGGCUAGAUGAGGCGAUCUCCGCUACGGUGGUGGCGGCGGCAGAGGACGCGCCGCAGCAACUGCAGCUGCACGUGGAUGAUAAGCCGCUGGAUACCCCUGCGGAGCCAGAGCCCUGGAGGCAACGUAGCAGUGAGGAAGUUGUGGUUGUGCUCCCAACGGCGGUGGUGGUGAGCGGGGAGGACGGCGGGCUGCAGCUUCACGGCCCUGUCAAGACGGCCACAUUGCAUAUGACAAACCACAGCACGCGGGAUCUUAUCCUUGUUGCAAAGGGCCCUGCACCACUUGUUCUUGGCCUUCCACGGCCUGCCUCCCCAGUGGAGGAAGCGGCGGGCCCGUCGCUGGUCUUCUCGCCCGUCUAUCCGCGUGGUCGUGUGCGCCUGGACGCACGGCACACGGAGGCCGUUGCAUGGACCCUCACCUCCCUGCCACAACUGACGGAGCAACAGGUGCGGCGGCUACUGCGGCAUGAGGUGGUCACGGUGGAGGAGAUGACGCAGGUGUACGUGGCGCAGAUCAUCGACGAGGGGGCGGGGUUCAACUACAACGCCAUGCUGUUUCCCAUGAAACGUUCCCUGCCGGCUGUGGGGCAGUGUGUGCUGCUGCCACGUUUUGUUCUUACCUUUGCCAUGAGUGGGGGGCGAGUGGACACCCCGCUGAUUGAGCUUGGCGUGGUGGGCGUGGGCGGCAAGGACUCCGCCAGCGACGGCGACGGCGCCCCUGUGGUUAUACGCCUAACAAACCUCUCGCCUGUUUUGCCGCUGCGUCUCAGCAUCGAGUGCGAGCCAACCGUGCGAUUUGUCAGCAACCAUGUCGUCGUGCCCCCGAAGCAGAGCCUCUCGGUGGAGGCGCUUCUCCUGGUGGGACUCAUCCGGACGCAGGGGCCCUUUUGCUUUGCCGUCUACUUUGUUAACGAGCUCAACCCCGAGAAUGACAUGGUGGCGCAUGUGAGGGGUCAGUACUACUGGAAGGUGUUUGACCUUUCUUGCGACGGUGUGAUGAACAGCGCGCAGGAGUCUCUUUCUAUGGAGGCGCUGCAGGUAAAGGAGACCGCUUCCGCUGCGGACGUGCUCUCCGAGAGUAAAAUAGUCAUGACGGCGAUGGAGCCAAACGUCGAGGUGGGCGUGGGCGUGACAGAGAACCCCAAACUGGCGGGGCUCAUUCAGCUGCAGGUGCUGCAGUACGAUGCUGCGGCCGCACUGCAGAGCAUUGCGUUUGGGCAAGCCAAACACGGCUCGGCCAACAAAGCUGCCUCUGCCCUUUCCACCGCCGGAAUAAACAACAGCAUGAACGCAGCUAACAACAGCAAUAGCGCCGUCGAUGGCGGUAUUAGUGGUGGUGGCUCUGGUGUGAUUGGUGCGACAGACGCUCUGGGGAUCCCCGCCACCAUCACAGUUGCCACUGCCGCUAACGCAGCCGGCGGCAGUGGUGGUGGUGCUGGGAAUGGCGUGGGGGGCAACGUGAACGAAUGCGGGGAACAAUGGUACCGGUGGUGGGGCUUCGAGUGGUAG